AUGCCUCGAGGUCAGAAGGGUAAGCUCCGUACCCGUGAGAAACGCCGCCAGGCCCGUGCUGAGGCCCAGGGUCUGGAGGAUGUUCAGGCCACUGCGGCAGCGGCAGCAGCAGCAGCAGCAGGAGGGUCCCCUUCCUCUGACAGACCUCAGAAUCUGCCUGCUGCUGGGACACCUAGCACUCCUGAGGCACCUGAGGAAACCACCAGUGCUAGUGCAGUUGUUUCAGGCACCAAUUCAGGGGAAGGUACCAACCGCCAAAAGGAGAAAAGCUCAAAAUCCUCCAAGGGCACUGAGGACUCAUGCAGAGAUCCUUUAAACAAGAAGGUGGUUUUGUUGGUGCAAUUCCUGCUGCAGAAGUAUCAAAACAAAGAGCCAAUUACAAAGGCAGACAUGCUGAAGUUUGUUAUCAAAAACUACAAGUACCAUUUCAAUGAAAUCCUCGAGAGAGCCUCUGAGCACAUGGAGCUAACCUUCGGUGUUGAUUUGAAAGAAGUGGAUCCUAUAAGGCACUGCUACACCCUUGUCAACAAACUAGACCUCACCUUCAAUGGAGCAAUGACUGAAGAGAACAUACCCAAGACCGGCCUCCUGAUGAUUGUGCUGGGUGUGAUCUUCAUGAAGGGCAACUGUGCUGCUGAAGAGGACAUCUGGGAAGUGCUGAAUAUGAUGGGUGUAUAUGCUGAAAGGAAGCACUUCAUCUAUGGGGAUCCCAAGAAGGUCAUCACUGAAGAUUUGGUGGAGCUAAAGUACCUGGAGUACCGCCAGGUGGCCAACAGUGAUCCUCCAUGCUACGAGUUCCUAUGGGGUCCAAGAGCCCACGCUGAAACCAGCAAGAUGAAAAUCCUGGAGUUUUUAGCCAAGGUUCAUGAUACCGUGCCCAGUGCCUUUCCAUCCUGGUAUGAAGAAGCUUUGAGAGAUGAGGAAGAGAGAGCCCGAGCCAGAGCUGCAGCCAGGGUUCGUACUGCUGCCAUGGUCAGUGCACGCUCCAGGGCCAUAGCCAGCAGCUCCUCCCAGGCUAAGUGA